AUGCACUGCCUUCCUCUUCCUUGUUCAUCUUUGCCCUGCCCCAUAAUGUCCGUAAGUCCCACCUUGUUCCUUGGACUAAUUCUGUUCCUCCAAUUUGGUCCCCCGAGGGCCAGGGCUCAGAAUGACACUGAGCCAAUCGUGUUGGAGGGGAAGUGCCUGGUGGUUUGUGACUCCACCCCCUCAUCGGAACCUUCGGGUAACGCUCUGGGGAUGUCGGUGCGGUCGGGGACUGGUCGAGUGGCAUUCUCCGCUGUCAGGAACACCAACCACGAACCCUCAGAGAUGAGCAACCGUACUAUGACCAUAUAUUUUGACCAGAUCCUUGUGAAUGUGGGCAGCCAUUUUGAUCCAGCACGGAGCAUCUUCGUGGCGCCUAGAACAGGAGUCUAUAGUUUCUGUUUCAACGUGGUCAAGGUCUAUAACCGACAGACCAUUCAGGUGAGUCUGGUUUUAAAUGGACAUCCGAUCAUCUCAGCCUUUGCCGGGGACCAAGACGUGACCAGGGAAGCAGCCACCAACGCUGGCUUGGUCACCAUGGAGAGAGGAGAUAAGGCUUAUCUCAAACUGGAGAAAGGGAACCUAAUGGGCGGGUGGAAAUACUCCACCUUCUCUGGGUUUCUGGUGUUUCCUUUGUAA